CUCUAUAUACUCUGCAACUCAGCGUGUUGUCUCCAAGGCUUAAUAGACACUUACAUACCUCAGUUGAUUAUUAUGAGGCGCUACAAGAGAGUUGUUGUUGCUUCUUAAGCGUAUUCUAUUCACAGUAGACAUGGCUGGAAGUAAUGAAGUCAACCUGAAUGAGUCUAGGAGUGUUGUUCCGUUGAACACGUGGGUUCUGAUAUCGAAUUUCAAGCUAGCUUACAAUCUGUUAAGGAGAGCAGAUGGAACUUUCAACAGAGAAUUAGCAGAGUUUCUUGACCGCAAAGUUCCAUCCAAUUCCAUCCCCGUCCACGGCGUCUGGUCCUUCGAUCAUAUCGAUCAGAGAACCCCCGGCCUAUUCUACCGUCUAUACCUUCAGGACUCUCAUCAACGGGGAUGUGCCGCCGCCACCGUAAUCCCCGACAUGGACAAGCCUCUCAGCACCACCGAUAUCGUCCCCGUCAUAAUCUUCUUCCACGGUGGAAGCUUCUCUCAUUCCUCCGCCAACAGCGCAAUCUACGACACUUUCUGCCGCCGUCUCGUCAAUGUAAGCAAUUCCGUCGUUGUCUCCGUCAACUACCGCCGUUCACCGGAGCAUCGCUUUCCCUGCGCCUACGAGGACGGCUGGACCGCCCUGGAGUGGGUCAGAUCGAGAAAAUGGCUCCGGAGCGGAAGAUCCGAAUCGGAAUCGGAAUCAAAGGUUUAUGUAUACAUGGCGGGUGACAGUUCAGGUGGAAACAUAGUUCACCACGUGGCGGUGAGAGCGGCGGAGGAAGGAAUCGAGGUUCUCGGUAACAUCCUUCUUCAUCCACUGUUCGGUGGAGAGAAGAGGACUGAGUCAGAGAUAAGGCUUGAUGGAAAGUAUUUCGUGAAGCUUCAAGAUCGAGAUUGGUAUUGGCGGGCUUUUCUUCCUGAAGGAGAAGAUAGAGACCACCCUGCUUGUAACCCGUUUGGGCCAAGGGGUAGGUCCCUUAAGGGCCUAAGCUCAUUCCCUAAGACUCUUGUUUGUGUUGCUGGUUUGGAUCUUCUCCAAGAUUGGCAAUUGGCUUAUGCCAAUUCCCUUAGGUCCUUUUCUCACCAUGUCAAUCUUCUUUACCUUAAGGAUGCCACCAUUGGUUUCUACUUCUUGCCAAACAAUGAUCAUUUCUCUUCUCUCAUGGAUCAGAUCAACAACUUCGUUAACCCUAACUGUUAAUAAUAUACACUACUCUUUAUCUUAUUUUAUCUUAUCCAAUCUUAUCUGACUCAUUUUUCUUAUACUUGUUGUGUGUUUAUCGAGCGAGAGGGAGUCAUGUCCCGCUCGAAUAUACAAUAAGUAAUAGAAAAAAUGAGCCAAUUUUUCUUGUUAUUACUUAACUUUACCUAUAGGAACGGCAUACAUAACAACAGGUUUGACAUUUUUCAUUUAGGGUACUCUCUAUAUAUUGUUACUGUGUUGUCUCCUAUUUUGUAGUAAUGGUGUGUAGUUAUGAAAUUGUGUUGCUUCUUUUUAUUCUUAUUGUCAUAUAGAAGUGGCCAAUUUGAGAGUCUUGUGUAAUUGGUAUACUGCAGCUUCUUGUUCUGUCUAGUCAUGUCUUUUGAAGGGGUAGAAACUAGAAACCACUCUCAGUUUUAUUCACCUCAUAUUUUAGUUAGUUUUCACCUUAGUAGUAAGAGAGGUUAUGGAUUCUAUUGUAGCAUGUACUAAUUACUGAUAUGGUUAUGUAUUUAUAUGUUAUUAUUUUUCUUUUUUAUUUA